AUGAACUCGAGUGUCCCCCUUCGGAAUGCUGCCAAUGCUACCUUGCCAUACAUGCCUCCCUCGCAGGGAGGCAACGGCACUUCUCUCCAGGAGGAUCUUCGAGACUUUAUCCACACAUCCACCUUGGUGACUUGCACUUUUCUGCUUGCUGUCGUCUUCUGUCUAGGCUCUUACGGCAACUUUAUUGUCUUCUUGUCUUUCUUUGACCCCGCCUUGAGGAAGUUCAGAACCAACUUUGAUUUCAUGAUCUUAAACCUGUCUUUCUGUGAUCUCUUCAUCUGUGGGAUUUCGGCUCCCAUGUUCACCUUCGUGCUGUUCUUCAGCUCAGCCAGGAGCAUCCCAGAAACGUUCUGCUUCACCUUCCACCUUACCAGUUCAGGCUUCAUCAUCAUGUCCCUCAAGAUGGUGGCUGUGAUUGCCCUGCACCGGCUCCGAAUGGUGCUUGGGAAACAACCCAAUUGCACGGCCUCCUUUUCCUGCAUCUUGCUCCUCACCCUGCUUCUCUGGGCCACCAGUUUUACCCUUGCCACCUUGGCUACGUUGAGAACCAGUAAGUCUCACCUUUGUCUCCCCAUGUCCAGUCUGAUGGCUGGGGAAGGGAAAGCCAUUCUGUCUCUGUAUGUUGUUGACUUUACCUUCUGUGUUGCUGUGGUGUCUGUCUCUUACAUCAUGAUUGCUCAGACACUCCGGAAGAAUGCUCAAGUCAAAAAGUGCCCCCCUGUGAUCACAGUCGAUGCUUCUAAACCGCAGCCAUUCAUGGGGGCCUCUGUGAAGGGAGGUGGAGAUCCUAUGCAGGGCACGGUGCCAGCUCUGUACCGGAACCAGAAUUACAACAAACUGCAGCACACUCAGACUCAUGGGUACACUAAGAACCCCAGCCAGAUGCAGAUCCCUUCAGCCAAUCGACUCCAGCUGGUAUCCGCCAUCAACCUUUCUACUGCCAAGGACUCCAAAGCCGUGGUCACCUGUGUGAUCAUAGUGUUGUCCGUCCUGGUGUGCUGUCUUCCUCUGGGGAUUUCCCUGGUGCAGGUGGUUCUGUCUGACAACGGGAGCUUCAUCCUUUACCAGUUUGAACUGUUUGGAUUUACUCUGAUAUUUUUCAAGUCAGGAUUAAAUCCCUUUAUAUAUUCUCGGAACAGUGCGGGGCUGAGACGAAAAGUGCUCUGGUGCCUCCAGAACAUCGGCCUGGGCUUUCUCUGCUGCAAACAGAAGACGCGACUUCGAGCCAUGGGCAAAGGGAACCUUGAAAUCAACAGAAACAAAUCUUCCCAUCACGAGACAAACUCCGCCUACAUGCUGUCUCCAAAGCCACAGAAAAAAUUUGUGGACCAGGCUUGCGGCCCAAGUCACUCAAAGGAAAGUGUGGUAAGUCCCAAAGCGUCCGCUGCACACCAGCACUGCGGUCAGAGCAGCUCGACACCCAUCAACACUCGGAUUGAACCUUACUACAGCAUCUAUAACAGCAGCCCCUCCCAGGAGGAGAGCAGUCUGGGGAAGUUACAGACGGUAAACUCUUUCGGGUUUGCCAGUUCGUACAUCGCCAUGCACUAUUACACCACGAACGACCUGAUGCAGGAGUACGACAGCACAUCGGCCAAGCAGAUUCCCAUCCCCUCUGUUUAA